AGUCUUGUGACAUGGGGGUCAUAUGGGGUGGGGUAAAGUGUUCUUUUGUUCAAGAUCUUGGGGAAUCACAGAUACUCCUGAACCGAACUGAAUUCCCAAUUCAGGUGCAGUCGUGCAAAUUGCAAUUGGGGUGGAGUGGUAGAUCGAUCCCUCCCAUGUCAUGCCGCCGCCUCCCGUCUCGAGCAAGAUCUGGAGGCCGGCCAUGAAGCCCCCCGCCCUCCUCGCCGUCCUCCUCCUCCUCUCCCUCUCCUUCCUCCUCUUCCUCCUCAGGCCCACCUCCCCGCCCUUCCUCCUCUCCGCACAGACCUCCGGCACCGACCGCCGCCGCCUCAGCGUCUACGUCACCGACCUGCCCCGCGCGCUCAACCACGGCCUGCUCGACCUCUACUGGUCUCUCCCCACCGCCGACGCCCGCAUCCCGGCCUCCUCCGACCCGGACCACCCGCCGCCGCGCGCGCACCCGCCCUACCCCGCCAGCCCCCUCAUCAGGCAGUACAGCGCCGAGUACUGGCUCCUCGCCUCCCUCCUCCGCCCCGGCCCCGCAUCGUCCUCCGCCGUGAGCGUCGUCGCGGACUGGACGGAGGCCGACGUCGUCUUCGUGCCCUUCUUCGCGACGCUCUCCGCGGAGCUGGAGCUCGGGUGGGGCGCCACCAAGGGCGCGUUCCGCAGGAAGGAGGGGAACGCCGACUACCGCCGCCAGCGGGAGGUCGUCGACCGCGUCACCGCGCACCCGGCGUGGCGCCGGUCCGGCGGCCGCGACCACGUCUUCGUCCUCACAGACCCUAUGGCAAUGUGGCAUGUCCGGGCGGAGAUUGCUCCAGCAAUUUUACUGGUGGUUGAUUUUGGCGGGUGGUACAAACUCGAUUCAAAAUCUGCAGGCAGCAACUCUUCUCAUAUGAUACAGCAUACUCAAGUGUCAUUGCUGAAAGAUGUCAUCAUACCUUACACACAUUUGCUACCGACCUUGCAAUUGUCAGAAAACAUGGAUCGCCCCACUCUUCUGUACUUCAAGGGAGCCAAGCACAGGCAUCGGGUGUGUACUAUUUAUCAUAAAAUCAAAGCACCUGAUAUAUGCACUAUAUUUGGACAGGGUGGUUUGGUGCGUGAAAAACUAUGGGACGUGAUGAUUAAUGAGCCUGGUGUUGUCAUGGAAGAAGGCUUUCCUAAUGCCACGGGGCGUGAACAAUCAAUAAAAGGGAUGCGGACAUCAGAGUUUUGCUUGCACCCAGCUGGCGACACCCCAAGUUCAUGUCGCCUGUUUGAUGCUGUUGCUAGUCUUUGCAUACCGGUCAUUGUUAGCGAUGACAUCGAGCUUCCUUUUGAAGGCAUGAUAGACUACACAGAAUUCUCCAUUUUUGUGUCAGUCGGUAACGCGAUGAGACCAAAAUGGCUAGCAAGCUACUUAAAGACCAUCUCCAAGCAGCAGAAGGAUGAAUUCCGAAGAAACCUGGCUAAAGUCCAGCAUAUCUUUGAGUACGAGAACAGUCACCAUGGUAGCACGGGCUCUGCCCCAGAAGAUGGUGCUGUCAACCAUAUAUGGAAAAAGAUUCAUCAGAAGUUGCCGAUGAUCCAAGAAGCAAUCAUCCGGGAGAAGCGGAAGCCUGAAGGAGCAUCAAUCCCACUUCGGUGCCAUUGUACAUGACCACGUCGCCGAUUCGUUGAUCCCUCCAUCCCACUAAAGGCUUAUCUCAAUGCAUGUUUUUUGUUUUUCGGUUUGUAGUUGCAAAUAGGAGCAUGUAACAGUAGGCCAACGUGUUGUUGAGGGGGUUGGUUUGUUCACUUAAGAAUCGUCCAUUGAAUGGAAUCCCCUACAUUAUCCAGAAGAGAGGAGGAUGAACAGGAUUUGAUGCAUAGUGAUUCUAAA